AUGGAUUUUUAUGUGACAGUCCCUCCACCAGUGCACUAUCUGGAUUCCACUCAAGCCUUUCAAGUACUUAACAGGGAGGAGAAACGGUAUAUCUUCUCGUGUGCUCAAGCCUCAUGGAUCGGUGGGCUCAUUGAUCUGAUACAAACCUCUCCUGAGGCAGCCGGGAUUUUCUUGCUGAUGCUUAGGGUUUUCGGAUCUCAGGGUCCCGAUGCAAUGGCCGAAGAGGCGAAGAAAUCUGGAUUCUCCGAGACGGAAGUCGAAGCUGCUCUUUCUUACUUUGCUUGCGUUUUUGGAAAUUUGGGAAACUAUCACAGUUUCGGGGACACAAAAUUUAUCCCUUCGAUUUCCGCAAAUAGACUUACUCAGUUCCUUUCUAUGAAUACCUACUUCAGUGACCAAAAGACUGGAAUCCGUGAUUUAUGGGACGAAUUACUUCCUGCCAUCUACUCGCUGUCUCCCCGAAGGUUGCGUCUUGGAUUCGGUCCAAAUGACGGUCUAUCUACUUACUACUCUGGUAAUUGUUCUCGUGAGGACGCGGAGAUUGUGCAAAAGUUCUUGAAAACUGCAAAAAUCGAGGCAUAUAAUACCCGUUUGUUUAAAGAACCGGUUGAGAAACAUGAGAAACUGUUGUUUACGCUGCGGUUUGCGUGCGCGGACAAGCGACUGAUGGAUGCCGAACACUUUGAUGGCAUUCCCUCGAACUGGCAUUUGCAAUUGCAGUAUGGUGACAUGCACGAAUUGAUGUCGUUACUUGUGGCCUCUUGUCGUGAUGCCAGUACGCACGCUUUGAAUGAAGAUGAGGCACGCAUGUGGGGUCUGUACGCAGACAGUUUUCAAACAGGAAGCAUAGACACACACAAGGCAGCCUCCAAAGUUUGGGUUUCCGACAAAAACCCUGCAGUCGAGACCUAUAUUGGUUUCAUCGAAAGCUAUCGAGAUCCACUGGGUGUGCGUGGAGAAUUCGAAGGCUUUGUCGCUGUGGUCAACAAGGUGGUGUCUGCGAAAUUCCAACAGUUAGUUGACGGUGCUGUUGAGAUUCUCGCUCAGUUACCAUGGCCCCGUUCAUAUGAGCGUGACAAGUUUUCCAAACCAGAUUUCACCAGUUUAGAUGUUGUGAUGUAUGCUUGCUCGGGUAUACCGCUUGGUAUCAAUAUCCCAAACUAUGAUGAUGUUCGUGAGGAGCAUGGCUUCAAGAAUGUUGCACUGGGAAAUGUCAUUUCAGCUCGUUUCAAGGAUCCAAAAGUUGAUUUCUUGUCGGAAGCUGACCGAGCCUUGUACCUUGCAAACAUUGAAACUGCGUAUGAAAUCCAGGUUGGUUUACAUGAGUUGUUGGGUCAUGGCUCUGGAAAAUUGUUUCGCCGAAAUAACGACGGAACAUUCAACUUCAACCGAGAAACAACCAAGGACCUUGUAACGGGUGGCCUAGUCGAGCAUUGGUACGAACCUGGGGAAACAUGGGACAGCAAGUUUUCCAGUCUGUCCUCGCCUAUUGAAGAGUGUCGUGCCGAGUGUGUUGGGGUCUAUCUGUGUGAUUUGCACAAUGUUCUCAGGCUGUUCGGGGUCGACGUUCAUGGUGGACAAUCAGAUCAGUCUGUGCACGAUGUGGUCUAUGUCAAUUGGCUCUCCAUGGUUCGUUCCGGUGUUAUGAGUAUGGAGUUUUACAGUCCGGCAGAGAACGGUGGUGAUGCUGGUGCGUGGCGUCAGGCACACUCAUGUGCGCGAUAUGCCAUUUUACGAGUACUCAUAGAGGCCGAUCCAACAAUGGUUCGUGUGGAUCAAGUAACCGGGGCUGAUGGCGCACCCGACUUACUCAUCACCCUGGACCGUGAUAAGUUGAAAACCGUGGCAAAACCAGCGAUUGGAGCAUUUUUGGAGAAGCUGCAGUAUUACAAGAGCACCGCAAAUGUCAAAGAUGGUGGGGCGUUCUUCUUGAAGUAUUCCGAACUAGCACCGGAACACCAGGCCGUGCGGAAGAUUGUGAUCGAUCGCAAACGUCCACGUCCUCUGUUUGUUCAACCAAAUUUGCGUCAAGUGAAUGGAGAGAUCGAACUAGUCCCCUAUCCGACAACCUACUCAGGCCUAAUUCAGUCAUACGUGGAUCGCUUCAAAGAGUUGCCUCGUGGACCACAGGCUUUGAAGGCUUUGGAAGCAGCUUGGCGCCGAGAUCAACCGUACUUCAAAGAUAUCCCUCUUUGAUUGUUGAUUUUGGUCACUAUGUUUCCGCAGUGUGUGAUGGUUCUGGUAAUCUUCAUAGGAAAUAUACAUUUUGACGUGAAUGCCUCCGUCUGAGGGCGAUGAAAUUUCCAUCGUUUCGCUAUGUAGUGAAACUUCGAGUAAU